GAGACCUGCUGGGGUUCAAGGCCGAGGACAGAGUCCUGAGCUGGGCUGUGGUCACAGGGCUGAAGAUGGGCAGGAGAGAUGUGUCAGAAAGGUGUUGCAAGAGCGGCUGUCCCCCUGUGUCCCAGCCCUGUGCCUCCCUCUCCUCUGGAUUAUCCCCAAGAGCCUCGUAACUGCUUUCUUGUUGCCACACGUCUCCCUUGGUUUAGUCUCAAAAAGCAUCCAGAUCCUAAAGAUCUCUUUAAGCAUAAGGUACAUUGUAGCCCCUUCCUCCUCAAAAUCUCCCGAAGGCAGGGCUCCCGAUCAGAGAGACAAAUCCUUCCAGUGGCCCUCAAGGCCCCCCAUGACCCUGCCUCCUCAUUAUCUCUCUGACUUCCUGUCCUUCCUCCCACCUUGCUUACUCUGCUAUUCCACCAAUACCUCGGGCACACAUGCCCCAGGGCCUUUGCACUCACUGAUUUCCCUCCCUGGACACACUACCCACCCCCCCACACCCAAGGUAGCCCUAAGGCUUGCCCCCUCACUUCCUUCAGGUCUCUGUCGGCUUGUCAGAGAGGCCAUCCCUUGCUGGUCUAUGUAAAGUAGCACCCCUGCCCCUGGUCCUCCAGUCCAGUGUUCCUGCUGUAUUUCUCAACCCAGCACAUGUUAUCGCUUACUGUAUUUCUUUAUCCGUUCAUUUUCUCCGCUAGGAUUUCAGCUCCAUGAAGCCGAAGAGUAUCUGCUUUGUUCACUGCUGUCUGUGUUUCCAGACCUUGGAGUGGGGGGCGGCACAUAGUAGGUGUUCAAGCAUUUGUUGAAUGAAGGACCAGGGUGCUCUGUGUGAUGCCGAGGGCUGGCUGGGUUUCUUUCCAAGAAGACUUUUUGGCAUCAGCUUGAGCAGGAACUCUCUUAUCUGUGAAUUAUCAGCCCCUUGGCCUUAUUAUCUGCCUGCGCUCUUGGCCUGACACCAAGGGGCAGGUGGCCCUGAAAUACUCUGUCUAGAGAGGCCGAUGCUGGCCAUGAACAGAACUGGUGCUGGAGAAACCAGAUUUGGAAGGUCUUUCUAGAAGGGUCCUUAGAGAUGGUCUUUUCCAAGCUCUUUAUUUUAUAGGUGGAGAAAUUGAGGCUCAGAAAUGGUGAGGGAGGCCAUACCCCAAGAUCACAGAGCAAGUGUGUAGAAGACAGAAACCAGGCCCCUUGCUCAGUGCCGUCGAGAAAGACCUUGGGUUGUUUUUCAUCGUUUGCAAUCGAGAACCAACCUGUGACCUGUACAAAUGGCACUUAUCUACGGAUAAAUUCACAGACUGGGAUGGCGUGGCAAAGGGGUUUCGGUGGAUGUCAUUCAGUUGCCCUCCACCACUGGACUGGUACCAUCUGGAAUGCCUCCCGGCCGUGUGCGAGAUGCCUGUUUGCUCCCAGCCUGGCCAGAAGAACGUGUGGUCGAAGUUUUGGAUUUUUGCCAAUCUGACAGAUGGAUUUGUGGACGCGGAGAGCUUGUGGAAGGGCCGUGUUCCUGUUGGCAGAGAAGACCAGCCAGUUCCCGCUGGAGGCUCCUGGGGUCAUCUGGGGAGAACAUGUCCAGGCCCCCUGACUGCCUGCUGCGGCUGCUCCGGGGAGCCCCGAGGCAGCGGGUCUGCACCCUGUUUAUCAUCAGCUUCAAGUUCACGUUUUUCGUCUCCGUCAUGAUCUACUGGCACAUCGCGGGAGAGCCCGGCGGCCAGAGGGAGUUCUCUAACCUGCCUGCCGACGUCCCCUGCCCCCGGCUGGUGCCCCCUACGCCGAUCUCCAGCACCCCGCCUCCGGGCAACAUCUUCUUCCUGGAGACCUCAGACCGGACCAACCCCAACUUCCUUUUCAUGUGCUCCGUGGAGUCGGCGGCCAGGGCUCACCCCGAGUCCCGGGUGGUGGUCCUGAUGAAGGGGCUGCCCGGCGGGAACGCCUCCCUGCCCCGGCACCUGGGGCUCUCGCUUCUGGGCUGCUUCCCCAACGUCCACGUGCUCCCGCUGGACCUGGAAGAGCUGUUCCGGGACACGCCGCUGGCGGCCUGGUACGCGGCCAGGCGACGCCGGUGGGAGCCUUACCUGCUGCCCGUGCUCUCCGACGCCUCCAGGAUCGCGCUCCUGUGGAAGUUCGGGGGCAUCUACCUGGACACGGACUUCAUCGUCCUCAAGAGCCUACGGAAUCUGACCAACACGCUGGGCACUCAGUCCCGCUACGUCCUCAACGGGGCCUUCCUGGCCUUCGAGCGCCACCACGAGUUCAUGGCGCUGUGCAUGCGAGACUUCGUGGCCCACUACAACGGCUGGAUCUGGGGCCACCAGGGCCCGCAGCUGCUCACGCGGGUCUUCAAGAAGUGGUGCUCCGUCCGCAGCCUGGGUGACAGCCACGCCUGCCGCGGGGUCACCGCCCUGCCCUGUGAGGCCUUCUACCCCGUCCCCUGGCAGAACUGGAAGAAGUACUUCGAGGACAUCAGCCCCCAGGAGCUGCGCCGGCUGCUCAACGCCACCUACGCCGUCCACGUGUGGAACAGGAAGAGCCAGGGCACCCGCUUCAAGGCCACAUCCAGGGCACUGCUGGCCCAGCUCCACGCCCGCUACUGCCCCACGACACACGAGGCCAUGAAGAUGUACUUGUGAGGGCCCUGCCGGGCCCUCCCCCCCCCACCCUGCGCCCCACCCGGGCAUCCUGAUGGAGAGGGGCACCCGGUCACCUUUCCCCGGGGGAGGCGAGACGGGGCGGGGGGGAGCGGCAGCCAGAAUGAGCUGGAGUGAGCCGGGUGAACAUCUGGGUCAUCUGGACGGCACACCAGAGCCGUCGUGAACACCAAAGCGUCUUCCAGGGCAUCACAGGGAAGCCAGGCUGGUGGGGGCUGAGGUGCCCACCACGGGGGCAUGGAAAAACCCAAGAAAAGGGGAGAGGAAGGAGAGGGGAGCUCCUGAGGAGCAGGGGGAGGCAGCCUGUAGGAGAGCCGGGGGUGCAAACCCAGCCUCGUGAACCCAGGUAGGUGCCUGGCUCUUUUCUGCCUUUGGUUUCUUUCUCAGCAGCACUGAGACAUGCAGAGCCGGCCUGGGGAGCCCUUUGGGGGAGGCCUGCCUGCCCACCCCAUUCUUUCUUCUUUCCAGAGUUGUUGCAAGGGUGAGAUGUGCCAGCUGGCCACCCCAGGGCAUGGGGGCGUGGAGUUCUUUUGGCUCAGGAAAAGCAUUUUAAGGAAAACACCCCCCCCACCCACGAUCAACACAUGAUAAUAAUAAAUAUAAUAAAAGUGACGCCCUGACAUCAA